AGGGAAUAAGUUCAGUUUUAAUAAUGUGUUUGGUUGGAUAACAGCCUCUAAGUGGAAAUUCAAAAUUUGAGAGUCUAUUUUCGGCAAUCCUAGGUGGUCAGGCCGAAAUGAAUACGUGUUGUUGCCGGUCGAACAGGGAUCGAUAUGAUCCCUUGGCCUGUAUCCCGAACCUGCCCAGGCUGCAACCCGUCCAAAACUGUCGUCCUUUCCUGGAAGGACGAAAGGCAGCUAGCAGUUGCCUGUCGAGCGAAAGACGAUGGGGUCAACUGAAUAGCGGCAUGAUCGGGGCACUGGCCAAGAUGGUGAACAAGUCGGCAGACAAAGUCUGCCAGUUCCUCCAUCAUUUGACCCUGCACCUAUUCUCCAGGAUCUUGUAUCCCCUGGCGGCUGGCUGGAACACGCUCAAGAUACCCUUUGUCCUGUCCGAUACCUGUGAACUGUACUAUGGCAUUUAUGAUGAGGACGGUAAUCUGAGGAAUCCGAUCCCCACUCGGACGUUAUUGGUGCUUAUAACGAUGCUGCGCUAUUUCCUGAACCUGCCCCUGGUAAAGGACAAAGGUUGUAGGCGCAAGAAAAAGUGUCAGUGCUGUCAGGACAUGGAGCACGAUAUGCGGAACAUUCAUAAUCCCGGCUAUUGCGGCAAGGGGGCCAUGAACUUAUUCGGCGAAACGAGACCCCCAAAGAUUGAAAUUACGGCGGCAAAGGAGAUCUGGGCUGGACUGAGGCGAGUGGGUUACGAUCAGUUUAGUACUCUCAGAGAUAUACCCUCGAAUGAUUCCCUGGCAUACGGUUAUGCGCCAUAUCGGUGUCCUUGCCAAGCCAGCGAUCCUGGGGGCUCCCUGGCCCUACAGUCCAGGCGCGCAAUUGUCAGGCCCUUUGCCGAUUUGCCGGAGCCCUUAAAAGCGCUGGCUUUGCAAAAUGCCUGCGACGAGGAGCAGGAGGAACUGGAGCGAUACGAUCCCAGUCCGUGCAGCAAGGCUUCAGCUCCGAUCAGUGUGCCAUGGGUGAAGGUCCAGCGGAUAUACAUAGCUCGCAUUUCGGAUCUCUACGCCGCCGUUGUCCAGAACCAGCACAACCGACAAUUGUUGGGCGACGGCCGGAAUCCCCAGCCGAAAACCGAGCACAGGAUUGUGCCCUGCCGGAGAUCCUCCGGUGGCUACAUGCCCGGGCCGAACUUCAAUGGAAUGCCCUGGAGCUGGAUGCCUCGCAAGUCGGACGAAACAGCGAGUCCUUCAAAAGGACACUUUCAAGUGCACAUACCGCCCUAUAGGCAUCGACCCAUGCAAGACGAUUAUCAAACGAUGAAAUUCCAAGCCAGGCAGCUGGACAAGCUGGAAGCGAGUUUCCGUCCUCUUGAGAACAGAACUCUGGCCAACAGUCGUCUUGCCCUGGAGCGGCUUGGUUGGCAAAGCAGGAUGCAGACGAUUGAACGGCCACUGAGACAAACUCUUCCAGCUCUUCCGGCUCCUCCAACCAUAUCUAUCAAAACUUGCCUCCGAGAAUUGGAGCCAUAUAUGCCGGCCCGUCCAGCUGGGACCCCCAGAGCGGCUGUUAAUUUCUGGGAAGAGUUGAAGGAAAGGGAACACCUGGCGAAGAUGCGCCACUUAUGGAGAACAUAUCCUUGGCAGAAUCUCAGAUACUACUUUGCCUCAUCGACUUCUCAGGGAAGUAGUUUUGGCUCCUCCAUAAGAGAUACUUACGGCUCCUCCAAAGGAAGUACUUACGGCUCCUCCAAAGGAAGUACUUACGGCUCCUCCAAAGGAAGUACUUACGGCUCCUCAAUGAAAUCUGAGAGCAGCCUUACCUCAAAAUCAACAUAUAAGUCCUCCUCCCGUCAAAUAGAACCCAGGGACAGUAGUUCUGGAAGAGCCAGAACAGCCGGAGGAGAAAACACUUCCACAAGCUCUCCCAAACGAGUCCUCAGAGCCAUAGAGCAGAAACCCGUAUUGGAGGACAGUAUCUCACAAGAAUGUGUCGAAGAACAUAGUUAUCCCGAUCCCGAGGACUAUAGGAGAGAAAUCGCCAGGAGUUUCUCGCGAAUGAAACGAAAUGCGAGCAGAAUCCCUGGCGAGAGUUUUUUGUUGGUAAAGCAGGCCGAUUCAUUAAAGAAAAAACCCGGAAUAAAUACAAUGAACUGGAAUACUCCAGCAAGCAGGCCCAUAAUAAAGCCAGCACCCCCAAAUGGGACAAAAAUAGAGGCUCAAGGUGCUAAGAAACAAGUACGAUUCGGAGUUCCUCUGAUCGCUAAAAGGCCCACACUCGAUUGUGACAGAAUGAAAAUGCGGGUUUGGCGCAGAAGUGGCGACCACAUAAGGUCGAUCAUCAAGUCAGCGCCAGAAAUCGAGAAAAUACCAGAAAGAAUCUUCCUAAAGACGAGACUAUGUUCAACAUUGUAUGAAAGUCCAAGUCCAUCCAAAUCAAAGGCCACAGAUAGUAGAAGUAAAGGGACGAUGGAUCCUCUAAAGAGUAUAGUCAGAUAUGCUAAUUGCCAGGAUCCAGUCAAGAAGAAAAGACCAUAGGAGCAACAACUAUCCACCGUAAACUACUGUGUGCCUUUUUUUUGCCCAAAUACCUUUGAUUUUAGUGAAGUAAUGUUUAGAAUGAAAUGCCUGCCAAUCUAUCAAUCGUCAAUAAAUACUGUGCCUGACCAGCCUUAAA